UGGUGAUUCGUGGGAUUCGUGGUCUGUGUGAAAUAGGGGCAUAAAUGAUGCCAAGAAAAGUCAUUCUUAGCUAGUUAUGUUUUGACCUGCGUUCUGCCCCAAAUUUUCUAAACUAUUUCUUUGCAGCUUUCCCAAUUUUCAAAACAAUUUAUAAAGUCUAGAAACCAAAUUAUUCUCUAUUAAGGAAAAAAUAUAUACAACGCCAUUGUGUAAUACUACAGGGGAAACGGAAAGGGGUGGGAAGACUCCCUUUCUUGAUGCCGUGGAUUCGCGACACCGUUGCACAGACGCUUUUCGUGACUCAUUUUAUCCACGUCCGACUGCUCAAUAGGCCACAUCUGUACGAUGAGAAAAAGGAUUAAUUAAUUAUUUAAUGGUUAUUUUAUCGUUAUUUGUAGUAAGAUAAUACAAAAGACAUUUGUGAAAAUAUAGGAAUAAGUUAGGUUUAGACGCAUAUCUGGUUCAAAAUCAUCGCUUGAUACAUGUAUUUGUGCGGAACCUGAGUCAGGUGUUAGUUAUCCAGGUGCGUAAACUCUGUACAGGUGAGUCACUGAGCUAUUCCCGGCAUGCACCCACGUGGUCACGUGACAGGUGAAAAUGAGGUCAUCAAUGCUUUGACUUAAAAAAUACCUGUUCUGGGAGCCGUACUAGAGACCUUACCUGCAUGUGUGUGUUUGUUUUUAAAGAUUACAUUCCAGGUUUAUUCCAAGUAAAUCAAACAAUCAAAAUGUGGGAACAAGCUCUGUGUAUUAUCAUGCUUAUUGGGACAAGCAGUGGUGCAGGAUGUGGGAGUAACAGUGGCCAGUCUGGGUCACAAACUAAAAUCACCCAAGAAAUCAUUCCAGAAGUUGUGGCCAUUGCUGGCACAGCCAGACUUACGUGUGUUGUAAGCCAGCUUCAAAGUAAUGUUAUUCACUGGUAUCAUGAAGAUCGACAUCUCUACGCUGGGGACCAAGAGGUUAUUUUUGAUCAUGAAGAACAAAGGUAUGAGAUUGAGAUAACAACUGAUCCGGAAAAUCAGAAUACCUUAUCCACUCUGGUCAUCAAUCAGCUUGAACAGUCCGACAGUGGCCAGUAUAUCUGCAAGGUGACCAUUCAAGGAACUAACCCCAGCUUGUACCCGUGCAAGGUUGGGCUCCUAACCAUCCCUGUUAGACCAUAUAUCAUUCAUGCUCCAGCAUCAGUGGAGGUAGAGAGGGGUAAGGAUGUUAAUUUGACCUGUACCGCUGCUGGGACCCCCACCCCAGUGGUCACAUGGACUAGGCUUAAUGGUAGCCCACUGCCGCUCCCUGGGGAGGUUUACUCCCUCAGUAAUACCACACUUUCCCUGCGAAAUGUAACGAGGGAUGCUGGAGGCUCAUACAGGUGCACUGCUAAUAAUGAUGUCAAUCAACCAGCCGAAGCUACGGUUAAAUUAGUAGUGGCCUUUAAGCCAACUGGAAAGGCAUCAUUUAAAGAGAGGUACCAAGCCCCAGGUUCAUUUGAAGUUACACUGGAGUGUAUAAUCUCAGGUGAGCCAUUACCAGAAUUUGCCUGGUACGGAGUGUCGGCUGACGGCUAUCGCCAAAAAUUGCAUACAGAUAAUGACUACAGUAUCGAGGUUGUGUCUGGUCAUGGUUAUCCUAAUAUGGAUGUAUCAGAUUCAUUUUUAUAUCUUAGAAUAUUUGAUGUCGAAAGUACCGAUUAUGGACGGUACGAAUGUGAGGGUUACAACAAAUAUGGCCGCACAACAAGCACGGUGAUGCUUUUGGAAUCUGAUGAAUGUCAGGGGCCUGCCUGUCCCAAUUUAGGACCAAGUAUCAGGUCAGGAUGUGAAAUCAAUCUCCCUUCUGCCAUUUCUAUUAUUUUGGUGUUGACUGCAGCCGUCUGUCUUGUCAGAUAUGAGUGACCAAGUAUCAAAAAUAAGGAUGAGAUUCCCAGAUAAAUUAUGCUGGAGUGGAGAGGAGUGACGUGAAACCAGCUAGGGCAGUUUAUAAAAGCAAGAAGAGGGGAAUGUUCAGUAAAAUGAACUUGAAGAUCAGGGGGCUUUUUUUUUUAAUCUCUGCUUGAAAUUAUUAUGAAAAAAUUAUGUCAUUGUGGUGUGUUACAAACUAAAAUUUUUGAAGAAAGACUUAUUUUGAAUUGAAUGCAGUAUGGAAUCAAAGCAUGGCAAAGUUGGUGGUACUGUUGAUUUUUUUUUUUAUUUAAAGGCAUUCCCUACCUUUUUUCUUUUGGCUGUGUGUGUGUGUGUUGAUAGGACUAAAAAUUGAAACAUUAAUAUAAAAAAAUUAAUAUAAAAAUGGUUUAUAGGCCAUAUGAUUGUUAUGAUAUUUAAGGCAUUUCAUGCAAGUGGAACUAGUGAAUCUGAUUCACAUUAAGAUGCAAAUGUGCGAUAUAUACACCACAAUUUUGAUUAAAAAAGAAAAAAUAGAGAUGUACUAAAUGUAACUGAAAAGUUUUAUCAUUCCCAGUCAGUGAUCUGACCUGCAAUAGAUAUCAGUGCUAGUAAUUUGUCCAGGCAUAGUGGAGGGUUUGUUUCUUAACAUUGCAGCACUCCAAAAAAAAAAAGACUUUAUGUCUUCAACUUUUAUGACUGGAUGUUCAAGACACAACCAUUGUGUAUGUUACAAAAAUAUAAAUUAUGUACUUAGGAGCAUAGAAGACAUUAGUUUUUGGCUUGUAAUACACCAACAAUUUCAACAUUGUUUUUAAACCACAACCAAUCUUUGGAUAUAUUUGUUGAUUUGAAAUUCUGUGUCUAGAUGCAUUAAAUUUCUGGGGCAUUUUGAGAAAAUAUGUAUCCAUUCCUGUGUGCAUUUUACUAGCUUUUGAAUAUUGAGAACACUGAAUAUACAAAUUGCUUAUGAUGUGAUAAUUAAUUUAUCUCAGUUUAAAGAUUCCUUAUCUUAAGAAAUUUAAAUUUAUUUUCUUCCAUCAUAUGUGUAAUUUCACUCAUUAAGGUUGUGACAGAUUUUUUUUUUUUUUUUGGUCCAAGGCCUACAUUAAUUGUAAAAUUUACAAAUUAGUAUUUUUGUACUGGUUGUGAAUGGAAAGAAUGAAACAGGAGUGUUAUAUUACCUGUGCCACGUACUGUCAAACAGUACAAUUUUGUAGUUAGUAGAAUAAAUCUUAAUCAGUUCUAAUAUUUUUUUCAAACCAAUGCCAUUUUUAUUGAAGGUUCUUGUAGGCCCAGGUCAUGUAACACUAGACAUUAAAAGGCCUACUCUUAACAAUUUUUUUAUGGCAAAGGAUAGCCAUUUCAUAAGCAUUGUAAAUACACAAAAAAAAAUAAAAUAUAAACAUAAGUGGCCAGGACUGUCUAAGAUACCUAAUGUACUGAAUUUUUACGAAAGGUAUCUUUGCAUGAUACUUUAUUUUAUUUAGAAAUUAUAAAAGGACAAUUUGUAUGAUAACCAAUUUUCCAACACGUACCGCAUGUAUGAAGUGUAUGUUGCAGAGGACUGCGUUCCCUGGGCCUAAUUUUCAAGAUUUAACAAAAUACAAUUAGCAAUUAGCCAUGUUAUUUUAAUAAACAUUACUUGGAUGUACAAGGUAUACUUAUUGUUCUAAGAUUAAAGAAGUAAUUUUUCUACAAUUUACAGCUUAAUUUUUUAAAAUGUAGUGCACUUCUAAUGCAAAGAAGGCUGUAGAUAUGAAGAAAAACUGCUGCUUUAUACUAAGUGCACAACUCCGCUGAUAAGGUUUUUCCGUUUAAGUGAACCAUGUCACUCGUGGUUAAAGGGGGGGGGGGGCUAUUCUGGCUGUAAACGCCUUUCCUUGGACCAUUACUUGUGAAAUGGUUAAUUUCACCAUUGUAGAUUGGUCGAGAUAUUUUUUCCAAAAAAAAAAAAAAAA